AUGGCUGCGCAAAUCUCGACUGUCGCGGAGACCAAGGAACUCCGUGGCUUGAACCUCAUCGCUGCCCAUUCGCAUAUUAGAGGACUUGGUGUCGAUGCCGAUUCUUUACAACCUAGGACCUCAUCGCAGGGCCUUGUGGGUCAGGAGAAAGCGCGAAAGGCCGCCGCCGUAAUCUUGCAGAUGGUCAAAGAAGGCAAGAUCGCUGGCCGCGCAGUCUUAAUUGCAGGGCCUCCCAGCACAGGUAAAACAGCACUUGCCAUGGGGAUGGCACAAUCUCUUGGCUCCGAUGUCCCCUUCACAAUGCUAGCUUCUUCAGAGAUCUUUUCAAUGGAAAUGUCGAAAACCGAAGCACUCACUCAAGCUUUCCGAAAGUCCAUUGGUGUUCGGAUCAAGGAAGAAAGUGAGAUCAUCGAAGGUGAAGUGGUGGAGAUUCAGAUUGACAGGAGCGUCACUGGUGCGAGAGAACAUGUCCGUGCUGAUACGCUCAGGGUAACAAACAAGGGAAACUCACCAUCAAAACCACCGACAUGGAGACAAUCUACGACAUGGGCACUAAGAUGA